UUUAUUUUCACCAUGUUUUGUAUCUUUUAUAGCCCUGACGAAGACCUGCAAAGUGGGUCGAAACGUCGGCAAAAAUUAAUUAAUACUACUUGUAUAAUUUAAUAUUUAUUUGACCUCCCCCUCCCCCCCGAUCAACUCAUAUUAUAUCACGGUCAACCAUUUCUACAUCAUUAUUUCUUUCCUUAUUGAGAAAAAUCGUUAAUAUUUUAUUAGGAAUGUCUUAUUUUAAUUAACUCAAGAGAAAUUUAUUAAAACUUAAAAAACUAACGAAUUUCCCAACAUACCGCCACUAGAAGGUUAUUACUAAAAUUGUGACAGAAUCUCAUAACCUUUCUUGAUAUGAAGUUUUUAUUUACUUAUGUUAUCAUAUCAUAUAAAGGUUAAGAAAAUAAUUAUUAAUGUUUUUUUUUUUACGUCUCAAUGUCAUCAGACCGACUAGCAUAAAUCAGCAGUUUCGGAAUUCAUAUAAUGUUUGGUACACUUUCUAGGAUUUUGCCUAACAGUAUUUCCAGAGCUUUAAUAGCUACUUACUACAAAAGCCAAUUAAUCUUUGCUAAAGAAAGCCAUAGUAGUCAAGAAUUGAUCAAAAUGUCUGGAAUGUCAGUUCAAAUUCUCCCUGCACUUAGUGAUAAUUACAUGUAUUUGAUCAUUGACAAUGAUACUAAGGAAGCAGCAGCAGUGGACCCUGUCGAUCCUGAUACUUUAUUUUCAGCAGUCAAAAGUCUUAAUGUUAAUUUAACAAAAGUCUUAACUACACAUCAUCAUUGGGAUCAUGCGGGAGGCAAUAAAAAAGUAAAAGACCAGAUGAAAGAUAUUGUCAUAUAUGGUGGAGACAAAAGAGUUGAUGCAGUAACUGAUAUUGUAAAAGAAGGCCAAAUAAUACAGAUAGGUAAUCUAGUAGCAAAAUGCCUUGAGACUCCUUGCCAUACUACAGGUCAUAUUUGCUAUGUCGUGGGACCUGCUGGCUCACCUGAAGCUGUAUUCACAGGAGACACCUUAUUUAUUGGUGGAUGUGGAAAAUUUUUUGAAGGUGACGCAAAAAUGAUGUGUGAUGCUCUAAUUGGAAAAUUAAGUUCGCUUCCUGAUAAGACGAAAGUUUAUUGUGGCCAUGAAUACACUGUUCAAAAUUUGAAAUUCGCAAAACUAAUUGAACCAAACAAUCCUGCACUUUCAACGAAGCUGGAGUGGGCUGUACAAGCUAGAAGUGCCAAUAAACCAACAGUGCCCUCAACAAUUGGAGAAGAAAAGUCUUAUAACCCUUUCAUGAGAGUAAUUGACGAGAAUAUCCAAUCUAGCUUUGGAAGAUCUGAGGCUAUUGGUACCAUGAAAGAUAUUCGUAAAAAGAAGGACAAUACAAGUCCUAAGCUGUAUAUGUAAUAGUAAUUUAUAAAAUAUAUCUAUUGAGUGGGGUGUAAGUGGCAAUAACUUUUAUAUAUUUUUUGUUAUUUUGUUAAAAUUAUUUUAUACUAAAAAAUUAUUUCUUUAAUUUGAAAAUAGUUUAUUAUGUACAAUUCAAUGACAUAUAAGAAAAUAUAGUUGUAAAUUCUCUGUAUAAAUAUAUCUCAUUACAUAAAUAUAAAGAAUCAAUAAUAAAAAUAAAUGUUACAUUACAAAUGUAAACAAAAUAAAUAUUCUCUCAAUUACUUUUUGAUGUAGUAUACAGUUGCAUAUCUGCUUUAUAUCGUUCCUUCGAUUUUUUAUACAUGUCGUAAUAAAUCUGAAAAUGAAGAAAUAUUUAGAUUUAUGCUGUUUUUUUUUUUUAUCAUACCUACUUUACAUUAAUCAUAGUAAUGAUUUAAAGAUAUAGAGGUUGGUACAACACAAAUUUAUGCGGAUUAUCAGAGUUCAAUUACAGCUUAAAAUAAAUUAGAACCACAAUGUUAACUAUGAGACUGAUUUAAAAAUUAAAUCACUCAUAAUCUCAUUCCCUGUAAUUUUAAAAACAAAACUAAAUAAGAAUAUUGAUUAGUACUAACUAAUUAAAUAUAUCAGGACUGGGAAUGAAAAGUUAUAUUUAUAAUAAUGUUAUUUAUAUUGUAGAUAUAAUUUUUGCCUUGAAAAUGGACAAAAUUGCCCAAAACGUAAUCAAAAUUUAAAAAUGAAAUAACGUUUUAUGAAGCAAAUAAGGGAAAAAUAUAUUUUCUUCAAAGUAAUAAACUUUAUGAAAAGUUGAAUAUAAAUAUUUAUGUCAUUUUUCAGUUCCAAUGUGACUGGAUUUAUUUUUAUUUUUAUUGUUUUAUGUUAUUUCAGAAGCAGCACUUUCUCCCCUGUAAUUAAAGAUUUUAUAGCAAUUUUUAUUCUUUAGAAAUUCUGUAAAAGCAAUUCGUUUCGCCCAAAGUAAAUUUCAAAAAUAGUAAUUGUAUAGUAAAUAAAUUCUGAAUAAGAGAAUCAGGCAAUUCAUUAAAGAUCAUAUUUGUAAUCCAGUCCCAAUAACUGCUUGUUUCUCAUUUAAAGUAACAUUUCUUCUAGCGAUUAAGAUAAAUAAAAAACAAUGACUUCUUGAUCAGAAAUUAUCUUAACUCAUUGAUAACCAUGGACGCACAGGUGCACUCAUCCAAUCAUUAUUUAAGUUUUUUCUGUGCACUCCAGUUGUACAGAGAUGACUUCCUUGCCAGUGUAGAAUUUUCAGAUAGAUUUGAGAACCAGGGCUGGUUAUAGUUUAGGAAAAGCCUCCAGGGAUAGGAAGAUAUAAGUCCUCAAAUUUAGGUAGGUGAACCGCCUAUCUUGCAUUAAUACUUAAUACCACUUAAUUGUUGUAUUAAUUAACUUAAUAUUCAUUAUUCUUCCAAACAUAAUUUAGUUAUGAAGUUAUUAUUUACAUUAAUAAAAUAAAGUAGUCAAAUUUCUGAUCCUUAGCUCUUAUCGUAAAAUAAAUAACACCAAUCCUGAUGAGUAAAUAUUAUUUAUAAAUAUAGAUGUGUAUGAAUGAAAAAAUAAUUUGAUUCUGGGACUAAAGUCCCCUAAGAAUGAUAACAGAGUUACAUAAUUAAGAAUAAUAAUCUGGCUUAGAUGAAUACAAAAUGAUGCCUAAUUAACUGUUGAUUGUUAUUGCUAUUGUACAGUUGAUUGAAUUAAACAGUACAGACUCAAGUCAAUUUUACAUAUUUGCGGAAGUUUGAAUAUGGAGUAGGUGGUGGAAGAGGAGUUGUUUGAAGGAAUUUACAGGAUUGAUGUAUGGAGCUAGGUAGAGAGUUCCACAAGGAGAUAGUACAAACGACAAAGAAUUUGCUGAAGGAAGCAGUUUUAUUGGAGAAGAUAUAUAAAUCUAUUGGUUGAGACCUGUUAUUGAGAGAGUGGAUAGAGGAACGUAGAGUAAGGAGUUCCAGGAUGUAGGGAGGAUUUUUGGUUCUGAGGACUUGAAAAAGGAAAACAUUAAGGAGACAUUGUCGUCGGGAAGUAGGAUAAAGCCACUUAAACUCGGUAUAACAGAAUGUAACAUGGGAAUGCUUGGGGAUCCCAAAGAUGUAUCUUAUGAAACAGUUCAUGAGUUUGUAGGGGGCAGGGUGGCCGAAUGGGCUAACGCGUGUGCACAGCACCGCGAGUCAUGUUAAUUAAAGGGGAGAUGAUGGAGGUUUGUUCAGAAUUACGACUACCUGAGAUCGAUAGGAUAAGAAGAAGAGGAACCAUUUUAGGACACUAUUUGAUAUAGGCAGGCUUUGGAGUUUGGGAAGCAGAAUCUCAUGAUUGACAGAAUCAAAUGCUUUGGAAAAGUCAAAAAGGAUUAGGAUAGAGAUUUUCUGUUUAUCUAUGGCAUAUUGGAGGUCUUAGUUAAUCUUUAUGUGUGUGUAUAAGUAAAUUAUUUAAAUAUAUGAUUCACGUGUAAUUGGUGUUUUAAUUAUUUUUCCUGAAAUUAAUUAAACAUAUUGUCAGUUCAUUACAAAAGGUCUCUAAGUACACUCUUGAUGGAACUUAACCAUUAUGUAGAUAUUUUUGAAAUUUUAUCAUAUUUAUAAAUGUCAACAAACACAUCAACCCUAUUAUAAGUUAAAAAUACUGAUAUAAUGUUUCAGUUUCCCAGAGUAAAUUCAUUAAAUAAGGCACUUAAGUGACCUAAUUUUCUAAAAUGCUACUUAAUCACUUUUUACAACAAACUGAAAAUAUAAAAAAAAUAAUUAAAAGGUAGUCAUUACAGAAUUUAAAUUAUGAAAUAGAAUAUUAGGAUUUAAUUAGUAAGUAAAUGUGAUAUUUAUAUACGCUAACCAUCGAAGAACCACCUUAUGACAUUUAACUUAAUUUUUGUGAAAAAAUCUAAGGAAAUUUUGUAAUAUUUUAAAAUUUACUUUAUGUCAAAUAGCAAUACCUGUUUGAAUUAAAAGAUUUAGAUUUAUUACAUAG